AUGGCAGAUCACCUUGCCCAGCUCCACCACAGCUGGUAUCAGCCAGAUCUUUUGGCUCUGGAAAAGUGCUCCAUGAGCRGUGGAAACAGGUUUGAGACAAGCCAGUGUGCAAGCACGGUGACCAAGUCUUGUGGGAUGAUGAAGCCCAGCGAGUGCAGCAAAUCCCUCCUGGCGGAGCUGAAGAUCAGGAGGCCCCCGCAGCGCGCCAGGAUCCCGGCGACGUUCACGGACCCCGCCGGGAUGCUGGAGCCGGCAGCACCCCCUGGACACGGGAGCCUGCCCUGGCCACCGCCAGACCCGAGUGACGUGGACGCCCUGGUGCCCACACACGAUGAGUGGGGCCGCCCCAUCCCUGAGUGGAAGCGGCAGGUGAUGGUGCGGCGGCUGCGCACCCGCCUGGCAGCCGAUGACACCUCAGCAGACCAGGGCUUGGGCGGCUGGUGCUUCUCAGCAUCGCGCGACGCGGUGCUGGGCCCCUUUGGGGAGCUGCUCACUGAGGCGGACCUGGCACAGCUGGAGCGGCAGGUGGAGAGCCUGCGCCUGCGGCGCCGGGGAGAGGAGUACCAGGGUGAGCUGGAGCGAUUGGCACGGGAGCUGCAGGCCCUGCUGCCCGCUCCGCUGCUCCGCAUCACCGUGCAGAGCCCACCGCCGGCACCGGGCCAGCCACUGCCCCUUUGGUGCGGCCGCCUGGCCGGCGUUGUGAGCAGCCUGGCCCUGCUGCUGGCUAAUGCUGAGGGUGUCCGGGCCACCCCACUGCCACCGCCGCCACCACCGGCCACCCCUGCGCCCUCACGGCCCCGCGGCCCCAUGGGCAACGCGGCACAGCGGGAGAUCCGGCAGUGUGGUGUCUCUGUGCGUAGCCUGCGCGGCGCCUUCGAGGCCCCGRCCACGGGGAGCCCACCGGCUGUCCCAGCAGGACAGCGCCGGAGUGGGGUGGCCGGGCCGCCUGUGGAGUCGCCGAGAGCCCUUGGAGAAGUGGCCAAAAGAGAGAGUGAGGCCGGCGUCACGGAAGCGGCCAGCGACUCAGGGAUCAGCUGUGGAGGCUCUUCAGAUGUUAGCGGGUCUCCAGUGCCGGUGCCGGAGUCGGCAAGCCUCAGGAAGGAGCGCAUCGUCAUGCUCUUUCUGAGCCACUGGAAGCGGUCUGCUGAGGGCCCAUCACUGCGCACCGCAGCCCGGAAAACACUGGAGGCGCAGCGUGCCCAAAGGGAGGCCACUGGCGUGSCCGGGGUGACCAAGGUGUCCACCGAGAAGAUGCCAGGUGAGACGGCCAAAGUGGGACACCUGGUGCAGCAGCGGAACGCCAUCCAGCAGCUCAUCGGCAGCUGGAAGGACAUCACGUCACACGGCCCCAUGCAGCAACCGGGUGCCGGCCCCCAGGGCACCUACUCCCCCGAGCAAUUCUUGCCUCACGUGGAUGGGAUGCCGGCCGACUAUGACAGCCUCACGCUAGACCUCUUCAUGCUGGGCUAUUUCCGCAUCCUGGAGCAGAACCUCUCUCCAGAAGAGCGCCGGGGCCGGCACCUGCUCUGCUUCGAGGUGUUCGACCACCUGGGCCGGCACAGCUGGGAGACGGUGCGCGCCUUCCACCGCGCCGUCACCGACGAGAUUGGCGCCGGCCGCCGCRGCUGGACAGACAGCUUUGAAGAUAUCAAGGCGAGGUAUUUUGGCAGCAGCAAGAGCUCUGUGUGCUGGAUGGGGUCAGGCCCAGGUGCCUCAGGAAGCCCGCGGAGGCCACGGAGCCGGCCAGGCUGCGGGACUGUCCUUCCCGGCGUCAGCAAUGAGGAGAUCUGCAGGUACAUUGACCGCAGCUUUGCCUUCUGGAAGGAGAAGGAAGCGGAGAUCUUCAACUUUGAGGAGUGA